UAUUUGUUUUAACCCUAAGCGCAGGUAAUCAGCUGUUUUGCUCUUAGUUGUGUUGUUAGUUGUGCAAGACCUUUUAUUUAAAAGUUUAUGUAUUAUGGAAAUUUUAAAUGAAAGCGCACAAUUAUCAGUUAAAAAACAGAGCAUAUCAACGGGUGGUAAACUCUUGAUAGGCCUAACUGGUGGCAUCGGGAUCGGGCUGUCCGUUGUGUGCGCCUCAUUUGUGGCGCCCGCGUUUCGCAAAUUUUGUUUGCCUUUUGUGCCAGCGACAACAGAACAAAUACAAAAUGUAUUACAAUUCUUGCCUAGAAGUACCAGUGGCAAGCUGUUGGACAUUGGCUCAGGAGACGGACGCAUCGUUGUGGCGGCGGCUCAACACGCCCAGGGAUUGAAAGCAGAUGGCGUGGAGUUGAAUCGUUGGUUAAUUUACUACUCCCGAUUGGCUGCACUUCGUCAUGGUGUAGGCCAGCAAACCAGCUUCUUUCGCCGCGAUCUGUGGAAGUUCAACAUCAAGGAUUACAAUUAUGUGGUUAUCUUUGGAGUGGAGCAAAUGAUGCAGGAUCUCGAGCACAAACUGAUUGCGGAAUGUCCACAGAAUGCGAAGAUCAUAGCGUGUCGUUUCCCACUGCCACAACUGCAGCCGGCACGCGUCAUCGAGGAGGGGGUCAACACGGUUUGGUUAUACGAUCUUAGCAAACAGAAUAAACUAAGUUGAUUUUAUUUAAAUAUU